UUCGUUGGCUACUUCAGUCAAUGAAGGGCGAAUAUGAGCAACUUCGCUAUUCUUUGACUUCGCUAUAAGAAUAGAAAGAGGAAGAGUCGAGGAAUAAGAUAGAAAGUUGGCUGCUAAUUAUUAGGAAGGAGGAGGAUUCAACGGAUACAAUUAGGGUAAGGUGUGUGAGAGAGAAGUUGACAACUACGAGAGGAUGAAUUGUCGGACGAUGAAUGAUGGCUUAGCAUCAAUCAUCUUAAAAUGGUAAGAUAGAGGUUACAGGCAGGAAAAUCAUGCGAGGAGGAACAAAAUCACUUCAUUUUGCAUGAUUAGGGAAGACUUCUGUCACAUAAAAGGUGUUUUAGGAUUCAGUUCAAUUACUGGUUAAGAUAUUUUAUAUACAUGAAAAAACAAUGAGUUAUGCAUGCAAAUCCUAAAGCAGAAGCAGCCAUGAGCAGGUUUCCUAAACUUCGCCCUAUCUUUAAUCGCUGUCUCCAAGCCCGAUGCUCUUCUCCACCAUUCUUCUCGACUUCCGAUGUCAUCAAAGACUCGGGAACUGACGCCGAAGCCGUUGCCCGCGAGAUCUCCAGCAUCCUCGCUUGUGCCGGUAACUGGAACAUCCUCAUCGCCUCCUCCGACAUCCCCGGCCGAAUUACUCCUGAAGCCCUCUCCGCAGUUCUUCGGCGUCGGAUCAACUUAGUCGAUGCUAGGCGUCUCCUAGAUUUCUUUGCAUGGGCUGAUUCCCAAAUGGGCCGGCCCCCGAAUCUCGAGUCAUUCAACACACUUGCAGUUCAUCUCUGCAACUCCGGCUUAUUCGGCCCUGCCAACGGCCUCUUUGAGCGGAUGAUCAGCAUUUACCCGUCUCCUUCCUCUGUCCUGGAUUCUCUGAAGGACAACUUCAUUGCCAUCCAAGGAUCGACUUUAAAGGUUUUUGAUGUACUGAUUGACACUUAUAAGAGGAAUGGUUUGCUUAAAGAAGCAUCCGAAGUUGUUUUAUUGAUGAAAGGAGGGAGCUUUACGCCUAGCUUGAGGUGCUGCAAUGGGCUUUUGAAAGAGCUCCUAAGGGCUAAUCUCAUGAAUUCGUUCUGGGAGGUGCAUGAUUUCAUGCUGAGAACUCAAGUUGGUCAGGAUGUUUACACAUUCUCCACUUUGAUUAGUGCUUAUUUCAGGGUUGGAGAUGUGCUUUCAGCAAAAGGAGUGAUAGCGGAGAUGGGAGAGAAAGGUUGUGAUCCUAAUGCUGUGAUAUAUAACACACUCAUUGGAGGUCUUUGCCGGUGUGGUAACUCUAAAGAAGGAAGAUUACUUUUAGAUGAGAUGUCAUCGAAAGGGAUGAAACCUGACAUUAUUGUGUACAAUUAUUUAAUUGAUGGGUUUAUGAGAGAAGACAGCAUGGACGAGGCUUUCAAAAUAAGAGAUGAUAUGGUGGCUUCAAGCAUCCAGUCCAACCUAAUUACUUAUAACAAUCUUAUUCGUGGAUUAUGCAAGAUGGGUAAGAUGAAUGAGGCUCAUGAGCUCUUGAAGGAGAUGGUUCGAGUUGGUUGGAAUCCAGAUGCAAUGACAUAUAAUUUCAUUAUUGAGGGACAUUUCCGUGAGAACAAUUCAAAAUAUGCAUUUCAAGUGUUUGUUGAUAUGAAAACUCGAUUUGUGUCUCCUAAUGUGUAUACUUACAGCUUGAUGAUAAGUGGUUUAUGUCGUGGUGGAGAGUUGAAGAAUGCUGUUAGUUUGUUGGAAGAGAUGAUUGCAACGGGCCUCAAGCCAAAUGCUAUUGUGUACUCUCCUAUUAUUUCCGGCCAUUGUAGAGAAGGCAGGGUUGAAGAGGCAUGCCUGACAUUCAACAAUAUGAAGGAUAGAAAUGUUCUUCCGGAUGCUCACUGCUAUAAUUCUCUCAUCAAUGGCAUAUGCAAGGCUGGGAAGAUGGAAGAGGCUAAGCACUAUUUGGCAGAAAUGAAGGAGAAAGGGAUUUCUCCAAAUGCAUUCACAUAUGCCUCUCUCAUCCAUGGCCAUAGUAAAGGUGGAGAAAUGAGUGAAGCAGAUUUUUACUUCAAAGAGAUGCUUACUCGAGAAAUAAAGCCGAAUGAUGUCAUCUACACCACCCUCAUCGAUGGCCAUUGCAAAGCAGGUGACAUUCCAAAGGCCUUAUCAACAUUUCACUUUAUGUUGAGGAAUGGGCUGCUACCUGAUUUGCAAACAUAUAGUGUUUUUAUACACGGCCUUUCAAAGAUAGGGAAGAUGCAAGAAGCUUUACAGGUCUUUCAUGAGCUUCAAGAAAAGGGUUUACAUCCAGAUAUAUAUACUUACAGCUCUCUCAUCUUUGGUUUUUGUAAGGCUGGUGACAUGCUAAAAGCUAUGAGUCUUUAUGACGAGAUGCACAAAAAUGGCAUUGAGCCAAGUGUUGUUACUUAUAAUGCUUUAAUUGAUGGAUUUGGCAAGCUGGCUGAUUUUGAUAGCAUGAGAAGGUUUUUCAAGUGCAUUCAGGAGAAAGGUUUAGAACCUAGCAGUGUUACUUACACUAUAAUGAUUGAUGGUUUCUGCAAAUCUGGAUACUUAGCUGAGGCUUUUGAGUUGUUUGAUGAAAUGUUGUUGAGGGGAACCCUCCCUGAUCGUUUUGUUUACAAUGCUCUACUUCAUGGCUGUUGUAGAGCAGGGAACUUAGAGAAGGCCAUGGAUUUGUUUAAUGAAAUGUUGGUGAAGGAAUUCGCAGCUGAGCUCACUUUUAACACAUUGAUUGAUGGUUUCUGCAAGCAAAGGAGGCUGGAAGAAGCAAGGGAAUUGCUGAGACUAAUGUUGGAGAAAAAAAUCAUGCCUAAUAAUGUGACAUACACAGCCUUGAUUGAUGGGCAUUGCAAAGCAGGUAAAUUGGAAGAGGCGCACAAUUUAUUCUCAGAGAUGGAGAAAAGAAACAUAAUGCCGAAUACCGUAACAUAUACAUCACUUAUAUAUGUAUAUGGUAGACUGGGGAACCUUGGAAUGGUUUCUUCUUUGUUUAAAGAGAUGGUUACAAAGGGUGUUGUGCCUGAUGAAGUAACUUAUGAAGUAAUGAUUCAUGCUUAUUCUAAAGAAGUGGAUGCAGCUGAGGCCUUAAGGUUGGAGGAUGCUUCUGUUAAAGAAAAUGUGCUCGUUUGUAACAACACAUGUGCUGCAGAAUUUCCUGGCUUAAACCAGCAGGAAGAAUUAUGCAAAGCUCAGGAUUUGGUUAAUGAACUGAAAGAGCAUGGAAUCAACCCUGAUGAGUCUGACUUUCAGAUGCUAUUCCAUUGUCUCUGCACAAAGGGGUUCAUGAAUGAAGCAAAAGAACUUUUGAAAAUUAUGGUGGACAGAGGUUUGGUGCUUAAAAAUAAUACUUCGUUUAGUUUAGCGGAUGGGUCUUUUCAGAUAGCCCCGGCUAUUGAUGUCAGAUAUGUCUCACAGAAUUAGAAAGGUUCUAUAUUUGUAACACAGAUUAACUGAAAAGAAAACACAGAAGAUAACAAUUAAUCUUGCCUCAAACAUGGCAAAACUUCUCUUGCUGUCUUUCCAUAGAGCCGUUGUGCGUGGCUGCAUGUACAGAUUGAUCAUGGAAUACUGAGAGAAAGGGAGACAGCGCUAGAUUAUCUGAAUUCUCCUUGUCUGAUCAAUUUCAUCAGAAUCUACCUUGGAGCUGAAGCCAAUUAACAUGUGCUAUAGAUGAAGAUUUGGAGUCAUAAAUACUCAGAAGAUCUGAAGUACUGUGGAAACUGAUGUGAAACAUAUGCCAACAUAUUAGGCUCACACCAAGGAAUGAGGGCUGCAAAUUGGUUGAAAUGUUUGAAGCUGUUCGGUCUGUGAUAUUCUGUGUAGCCCUCAGUGUCUAUGACCUGUAUGGAGCUCCUGCGCCUGGAAGUAAUAAGUCUAUUAUGAGCAACUAAUUAUUCUGUGCGGACACCGGACGGGGAGAAUCGUCCGGAUUUGCAGUAUUUUCACUAUCCUUUUGCUGCGCUUUUGCAAAAGGACAGCAAAAGUGCAACAAAUAUUUAAUAUUUAUUAAAUAAUUGAAUAUUUGUUGCGCUUUUGCAAAAGGGCAGUAAAAAAACAUUCAUAAUUGAAUAUUUGAUGCAUGUUUACUACCCUUUUGUAAAAUCUCAGCAAAAAGGCAGCAAAUCCAGACGGUUCUCUCCGCUGGUGUCCGCACAGAAUAAUCUCUUCUUACCAACAGGAUGCUACAGAGCAUGGAUUGUUUGAGACUACCGUCAGUGGUUUCUCUUCAAAGACGAACCACAACAACCAAUCCUUGGCUCAAUUGGCUUGCUACUACAUGGCAAUGAAGUUGACGGAUUUCUACUUCCAUCACCAGCUGCAAGCAGGUCCGAGGAUGAGAAGGAUGAAACCAAUGUAGUUGAAGAAUUUUUUUCCAUUGCGUCGCUGAGAUCGAACUCAUCACAGUUUAUUAGGUAGGAAUAAUGUUAUAGACGAGCUUAAGAACAACUGUAUGUUGUCUUUGUUUGUAAAUUUAUAGAGAUUGAGUAGUUUAGUAUUGACAAAUAGGUGCUGGUUUUUACAGUAUAUCUGAGAUUUGGAAACAGGACAUGGCGUACACUGUAAGAUAUGUUGUAUUUUCCUUAUUUUACUGGUGAUUUACUUCUGAUUCUUUUACAUUAUAUUUAUAUUAAUCCUUUGGGCAAGCAUAUGGUAAACUCAA